AUGUCGUGGCAAGAAAGACAGGAGAAAGAUGCCCACGCAGAGCCUGAGGAAGAGAGCAGAGACAAGAGAGACUGUGAUGAAUCAGACACUCCCUCCAUAUCUCAACUAGCAGCACAGACUGUUCACAUUGAGAGGGAGAUACAGAGGAAGAUUGCCAACAAGUUGGAGGAGAGGAUUAAUCAGGGAGUGUCAGAGAACUCAGAGGAGGGGGUACUCCAGACUACUCUAGACACUGCCAUUGAUGAAGACAUUGGUGACAAAGUCCAGAAGAAGCUGAAACUACAGAUUGGAAGCCUCCCAAAUAAAGUGAGGCAGCUGGAGAGGAACUACCAGAAGUUGAAACAGGAGCUGGAGAACAGUCCGUGGAGCAGGUUCCAGCGGGUGAUGAUGGACCACCUCAAGGAGAACGGUGAUCUGGGGAACUCUCUCAGUCAGGAAGAACUUGAGAAACUGGAAGAGAUGCACAACAUGGCGGAACCUGACAGAAAGGCAUUCAUGACUGCUCUGAGGAAGAAGAUUAAACUGAGUAGCGAAGAAGAUGAAGAAGAUGAUGAUGAUAAGAAGAAGGUCGUAAAAGUGGAGGCUUCAAAGAGAAAGCUCAAGGCAAAGCCUCGUAAGAAGGGGAAGAAGAAGGCACAGUCCAAGUCGGUUGCCCGCAGGAGGAAAGGGGAAAAGAAAGUGGCCAAAGGCAAGCCAAAGAAUAAAAAGUCAAGAAAAGGGAAGGCCAAUCGCAAACAGAGAAAGUAUGGACUGAAAAAGAAGCAAGGGGAAGACAAGAGUGUCAAGAUCUCCGACAAGAAGGUCAAGGAGCAAUUGUUGAAAGUGCUAAAGAAGGCUGAAGUUCUACCAAGCAAUGGACAAAAGAAGCCGCAAAAGCCAACCAAAGUGGAAAAGAAGAUAAAUAGUGGAAAGGAGAGGAAGAGGGAGAAGAGGGACUUGGAAGGGUCACGGGGAGAAUGGGAGGUCUCUACUACUGGCGUUUCACACAACAACGACCCUCUCCAUGAGCAGAAGAAUGGUGGUCGCUCUAUGAGCAUCAAGUACCAGCUUCCUCCCAAGGCUAAGAGUGUUGGAGUGUGGAGGUCGGCUGUGGUGAAAGAAACUCUGCGUGAUAUUCCCCCUCUGGAGUGGACUGGAGAUUACUACCAGCACAGCAGCCAGCCUGGCCUCAGGAACAGGAGAUCCACUGCUUCAGAUGAUGAUAGCGACUCAGUAACAGACGGGAUUGGAGAUGAAACCCUCAAGAAAACUGAAGGGUGUGAUAAAUGUGAGACUAAGGUCAGGGAGGAAGUGUGUGGCUCCAAUGGGAAGACAUACAACUCUCUCUGCCACGCCCUCCAAUGCGGGAAACUGAGGCAAAUGGACGUGACCUUUGGCCCCUGCCAGAACAGAGAUCCCUGCAGCCACAACCACUGCUCCACUAAUGAUAUCUGCGCUGCCAUGACCUACGGACCUUGCAUCACUGUCUACACCAAUGGUGGCAGGAGACUCCCCUGUAGACAGUACAUCUGCGUUGCUAAAGAGGACUGUGGACACACCGAGUACUCCGAAGUGUGUGGAGUAGAUGGGAAUACAUACCCCACUCUUUGUCACCUCCAGCAACGUGGGGUAAAGCUGGCUUACUCCGGGCACUGUCGCGAAGCCCUAUGCAGUGGACCAGUGUGCGGUAGAAAUGGAGUUACCUACCCCUCCUCCUGCCACGCCCGUGCUCACAAUGUCAGAGUGGACUACAGAGCAACCUGUUUCGCUGAGAAUGAUGAGAAGGACGGUGUGAACAGUUGCAAUGAUGUCAGACAGACAGGGAUGUGUGGUGUGACCGAGUGUCCUGAUGCCGUCAUCCCCGAGGGAGCCUGCUGCCCCGUCUGUGGAGGUGGAGUGGAGGUGAGACCAGAGGCAGGUCAGCUGGCAGAGCUUGCACGAGACUGGCCCGAAAUCAACCACCUCUACAUGGUGGAGAAUUUCCUGCGUCGACUGGUGCCCCGUGAGAUGCAGGGCCAGUGUGAGCUCAGUCUCACUCUCACUGACUCUGGAGCCAUCAUGAUGGUCCUCGAGGCAGUGGACACUCGCCAAUCCGCAGUCUGCCAGGCUGCUGCCAUGGACGUCACGGAGAAGAUAAACAGACCUUCUCCGAGUGACGACAGUCUUCGCCCGCUGGCGAGAGAGGCCCGCAUC